UCGACUUGGACCGUUUCCUGGCGGACAUCGAUACGCUAUCUAACGAGACUCGUACCGCAUUCUUCUCUCAGUAGGUCAAACGGUACACAGAGGGUACUGCCCUCGGCUGCAUAGAACUGUUUUGUGUAUGAUGGACCUGGUGAAGGCCGUCAGAUCCGACUUUAAGGAAGACUAUUACAUGAUCGUCAAGGCUUCGGACCACUAUCUGGACGCGGUUGAUCUGAUUUGCGAGAAUAAUGGCGAAGCGGUGUUCAAGCUGGCCGAUCCAACAACCAAGAAAUGUUUCGAACAACUGUGGGACGACGUGAUGGAGCAUAUGGAAAUGUUUGCUGAUGAGGUCAAGCACUGGGACAUUUCACAGCUGACGCAUACUCAAUGCGAAACCUUAUCCGGACUGAGGCAGUACGUCGAGGGUAAGCUGAACGUUUGCCAGGCCGCGGACCUAAUGACCGUGUACGAUCUAUUUUACAACACGUUGUUCAGCCACACUACGUGUGGCAAUUACGUGCUAACAGUGACGGAUUUUUAAAACCACACCACAUCAACGAAAAUUAAUACCAGUGUGUUACGUUUCGGUUGCUGAUCAUAUCAAGUUCAGAAAUUGUUUGACAUUUGAAUCAACUUUUACAUAGAAUAGGUCGUGUGUUUUUACUUUGUAAAAAUAUCGAGUUUAGACCGGUCGGUUGAGCAGUUGACAUAAACUUAGCACCAACCACUAGGCACAUAUUUCGUCCUAGAAAUGUAUAAAUAAGAGCGCAAUAAAUCAACUCUCUCUUGAU